AUGACUAAACUAUCAUGUCUUGCCGACGUGUGCAUGGUGCCGCUUGGAACUGAAACCGCUAGUGUCUCUGAUUUCGUAGCUGCAGUCGAGAGAAAAAUUCGCGAAAGCCACUUAAAAAGCACUCUGCACAGUGCCGGUACUACGAUUGAAGGACCAUGGGAUGAAGUCACCGGUCUCAUUGGUGAGCUUCAUGAGUACGCUCAUAAACUCGGUUACGUUAGGGUUCACACUGACAUUAGAAUUGGAACAAGAACUGACAAAGCUCAGACGGCCGCAGAGAAGGUGGAUACAGUACUAGAAAAGUUGAAGUCGUCGAGAGGCUAA